AUGCCUGUGCAGUCGCCAACGGUUCCCAAAAGUGUAAUCAAUCGUGUGUUACCAAUAUGCAAAUUUUUCGCCAUCACACCGUGGAACACGUAUAAAGAUGAGAAAGAUGAUGACUGUAUUAAGUCGAGAUUUUAUCAAGUUUACGCAGUUCUUGUCAUGUUGGCAUGUCUGGUAAGCUUGGUGUCUGGAGUCUACAACUCCACUUUGGACUAUCCCACAUACAGUCUUCACCAUAUCGUCGUUAUUAUCGACCACAUCAUGUUUGUUUCCAUAACGACCGCUAAUAUUUUGGGUACGUUUAUGACGGUGUUCUACAAAGGUGACGUGAUUAAGGAGUAUGCGGAAAGAAUCAUUAGUAUCAACAAGUUUAUUCCCAUCAGAGGCUGCCCUAAAUCCUACUGGAGAAUGGUCAUUAUAUUCUGUAUUAUCGUAUGCUUCACGAUUUUCUUAGAUACGGCUGUCUGGAUCUACAUUAUAGGGUGGAAAUUUUACAAAUAUUACAUAUUCAGAGAAUUUCAGUAUUUUCACUACUCAGUUAUGGUUUUUUUGGCGUAUUACUUUGCUUGUAUGAUAAGAUGCAAGUUUGCUUCACUAAACGUCUUAUUAACAGAAGAUGCUUGUCAAUUAAGCUCACAAGAGAAGUAUACCCAUGAUUUUCUGCCAGUAUACGACAUGGAACGCCUUUUGAUGGUGAAUAACGAUGAAAAAACAACUCAACAAAAUUUAAAGGAUGUGUUUAAAUGGUACACCGAAAUAGCAGACAUCCUAGAAAUAUACAACAGUAUUUUUGGCCAAAUAAUCUUCAUCGCCAGCAUGUGCACCAUCGCACUUCUUUUGAACUACAUCGUUUACUUUCUGAUAAGCCCCUUUACAAUCGCCAUAUUAAUACUUGUUAUGUUUUGGAUUUUAAUCGCGUUGGUUCAAAUAAUAACCCUCGCUUAUGUAUGCGACAGCGUAGCCAAGGAAGCCAAAAAAACUCCCGAAAUCUGCUACAUUCUCUUGAACAAAAUACCGACCAUCCCGAAAACCGACAAGGACAAAAUUCUAAGGGAAGAACUCCAGCUGAUCGCUCAGCAGGCCAUUUGCAGGAACCCAUGCAUUUCCGCUUCUGGAUUUUUUGUGGUAAACAAUUCGAUUUUGGGAUUCAUCAUGGCCAGUGUUACUUCUUAUAUUAUUGUCACCAUACAGUUUGUGGGGCAGCACUAA